AUGACAGGGAUUAUCAAUGUACGACCGAAAUCACCGACACGGUCUGAAGCCAUCAUGAUAGCGUUGAAACCCCAACCGUUUUACGGAUCUGGAGUGCUCAUAGGGAACUGGGUCGAAAGGAGGACUGAAUGCCCUAAAGACGGGAAGACCUUCUACUUCCCCCCUAAAGACGAUAUUGACUAUGACCAAUGGAAACCUGAAUCCAGACAGCCAGAUUUCCGCCAAAAUAAAUUGUACAGCACACAGGGUAACAUCCCAUCAGUAGUUCGUCACGACAGCCACACAGCCUGUGGUAACUACGCGACAACGAACGACCUCGUGUACAACCAUCUUCCGAAGCCGCUGUGUGGACCCAUGAUGAGAUACUACAAGAAAGCCGAGCAUCAGUUCUACCCGCAACCGGAUUUGAUGAAGUGUUUCGGUAACAAAACCGUAUGGGGUCUGAGGUCCUACAAGCAAUACGAAUGGGCGUGCACAGACGUCUCAGACUACGCGUCCACGUUGUAUGAAGACACCUACGUUCCACCCAUGAUGGGCCAGUAUUUGCAAGCUACUGAACGGAGGGCUAGAAAUUCGAGCUUCACAAAAUCUUUCAGAUUUAAGAUGACAAAACCUAAAUCAAAAUGAUAACAUCAAGAAUCAUUUCACAUCGCUUUUGCAAAAAACACUAGUCUUAACAAUAUCACAUUUUGUUCGAGAAGAGGACAGUGAC